AUGCGUCCUACGGCGCUCAUCCCAGUACUAUGCUGCGCCGUGGCUUUAAUCCUCUCCUUCCUCUGCCUCUUCGCAGGCCAUAAGAAGGGCUUCAUGGAGAACUACCACCUCAUUACCCUCAACACCUCUGCCAUCGGCGAAACGCUCCUCAACGAGAGCCGCACCAGCACCAAUCCAAUUACGAAUUUAUUAGACAAGAUCCCCAACCAAAUCUCCGAAGAGAUCAACGACCGCAUCGGGGAAGUAGCUGAGCGCCUGGGCAUUGAGGACUGGUAUUCGGCACACAUGCUGAACUACUGCUACGGGCAAUACACACCCGCGGAGAAGGCAAACGCGACCGUCAGCGACAGCGACAUUUCAAAGAAUGCCACGGGCUGCAACCAGAGCAAGGCAAUGUACAAGUUCGACCCGACUCGCAUACUGGAAGAUGCCCUGAACAAGACAACGGGCACAAGAGUGACGUUGCAAGACCUCAAGUGGCCCGAGGACAUACAGAACGGCAUCAAGGCCCUCAACGCUUUGAUGGCGGCCAUGUUCGUCCUAUACGUCAUCGCCAUAUGCCUGAUCUUCGUCGCGCUCCUCGCUGCCGUUUUCGCCAUCCUCGCCUCUGGGCGACUAUCCGCGUGUCUUAAUUUCCUCGUCGCUACUCUGGCCUUUCUUGCUAUUGGACUUGCUAGCGCGCUCGUCACGGCUGUCAUCGUCAAGGGCUCUGAUAUCAUUAACAAGUACGGCAACGAUGUUGGGGUCGAGGCUAGGUGGGGAGCCAAGUUCCUCGCGCUCACUUGGGCGGCCACGGGCGUUAUGCUGGUUGCGCUCCUAGUAUGGAUUGUUGAGUUCUGCAUUGGACGGAGACGUAAGACGCCUCAGAGCUACACAAAGCAUGGCUAG